AUGGUUGGGAGAAAGCGCGCUGUUUCUUCGAGGAGCUCCAGAAGGGGAACGGGCAGUGGGCAAGAUGCAGAACCGAAUAUUUACCAGCAGAUGCUGUCAGAAGCUGGGGUCUCUGCGCCGGACGAAAGGUCACCAGAACGCCCACUGAAACGGAGGCGACCAGGUUCACAGCGACAGGUAAACCCUUCUUCAGAUGGGCCAAGCACUCAAAGUCAACUAAAGACGCAAUUGGACACGCCACCAAGCGAUGACGACGAAGACGAGGAUAUCGAAUUCCAGGAUGUCGUUCUACCAGCGCCAACUGUGCAGACCAUGGAGCUCGAGUCUGAUGAUGAGGAUGACGAAGAUGAAGACAUUCAGUUUGAGGAUGUCGAUUUCUCUGCGCCGUUGCCAGAUGCACCUGCUGAAAAACCAAGCAACUUAGAACUGAAUUUGACGGCCCACCAGUCUUCCGCAUCCCCAUCCAAAAGACCGGGCGAGCGACGCAAACCGAUCUCUAAGGAGGAAAGGGAGCGCCGCGUCGAUAUUCAUAGAGCUCAUCUGUUGUGUCUUUUGUCGCAUGUGGCGCGCAGAAACCACUGGUGUAACGAUGCAAGAGUGCAAGAUUCCCUGCGUCCGCACUUGACUGACAAGACGGUCAACUAUCUCACUCCUGGAUCUCACCUACCACAGUUUGGACAGGCUGAGAGCUUGAAAAAUGGCCUCAGACAGGCAGCUGAUGUGUGGAAGACCAAAUUUGAGAUUACGGAGCGGGGACUACGAAGGGCUCUCUGGGCAGAGGAUGCGGAACAGUUGCAACAUUAUGAGCCUGCAGAUGAUUUAGAUUCGUGUCUAGAUCGAGAUGAUUUCCGAGAAGCCGCAAAGAAGCUGCAGGGAUCAAGAGACGUUGGAGCACAACUGUAUUGCUCCUUGUUACGAAGUGUGGGUGUGCGAGCCAGACUGGUGUGUUCUUUGCAACCGCUGUCCUUUGUAUCUGGCGCUCCAACGUUACCGAAGCCGAAGGGACCGAAACAGACACCAAAAACAACACAGAAUGAACGUACCAAAGAAGCCUUGGCGAAAUACGAGGCCCUCGCUGCGAGCACUGGUGCGGCGACGGGUUCUGCAGGUGGCUCAAGUGCACGUCGCAGAUUGGGGCAUCCGAAUGCUACAGCUUAUAAUUUUCAACCUAGACCCGCUGCUCCGAAAGCAAAAAGGGCGUUCGACGGACCUAUACGGGUUCGCGAAUCUUCUUAUCCAGUCUACUGGGUGGAGGUGUUGGAUACUGGGCACCAGAAAUGGCAACCUGCUGACCCUGUAGUGACGAACACGUUCUGGAAACCAAAGGUAUUCGAGCCACCCAUUACCGACAAGGAGAACUGUCUCUCGUAUGUAGUAGCAUUUGAGGCCGAUGGGACAGCAAAGGAUGUUACGAGGAGAUAUGCAAAGGCGUACACAGCCAAAACUCGCCGUCUGAGGGUCGAAACACCUCUUGACGACGGAGGGCAAUGGUGGCGGAGUGCGUUGAAGCCGUUUCGCAGGCGCCGUCCGACAGACUUGGACCAAAUUGAAGAUAAUGAGUUGACGGGCGUGGAAGCCCGAGAACCUAUGCCGAGAAAUGUACAGGAUUUUAAGGAUCAUCCUGUAUAUGCAUUGGAGAGACACAUGAGACGGCACGAAGUUCUCGUGCCGGAUGCAAAACCAUCAGGGACUGUAGGCGCUGGAAGUCGAGGUCCACUGGAGAAGAUAUACAGGCGGAGAGAUGUCCGCAUAGCACGAAGCGCAGAGAAGUGGUAUCGCAUGGGUCGAGAGGUGAAGCCCAACGAGAUCCCAGCGAAAUGGCUACAGAGGCAAGCUCGCCCCAAGGGAUCGAGGUUUGACGACAGGGACGAAGCAGACAUGGAAGACGAUGCCGGCACACCUAUAUACACUACGGAACAAACAGAGCUCUACGAGCCACCGCCGGUCCGCAACGGACGCGUACCAAAGAACAAAUUCGGCAACAUUGACGCCUACGUGCCCGGCAUGAUACCAAGGGGAGCAGUGCACAUUGUUCACGAGUAUGCUGCCCGGGCAGCGUUCAUAGUAGGCGUCGACUACGCACCAGCUCUGACGGGGUUUCAGUUUAAAGGACGACACGGCACAGCUGUCCUCAGCGGAAUAGUAGUCGCCAAGGAAUUCGAAGCAGCUAUUCGGUCUGUGAUAGAUGGACUAUCAGACGUAGAGCAAGAGAUGGAAGAUGAACGCAAGAGACUAGCCGCGUUGAGGAUGUGGCGAAGGCUACUCAUGGGGCUGCGUAUCCGGGAGAGGAUAUGGAGCGGUGUCGGCGAGGAGGAGAGGAAAGAGGCGGAUAGGGAGGCGGAGAUGGAGGCUGAGCUGGCGAAUGCGGAGAGUGAUGUGACGGAUGAGUUUGAUAUGGUUGUUGAUGAGGACGAGGGCGGUGGGUUUCUGAUUGAGUGA